GAACAAUGCCUUGUGUACCUACUAUAUUGAACGUGUUCUCUAUCGACCGUCGAGGAGUUUGCGCAGACUCCUGACCAUCUACUUUUUUCUAUUGUCCAACACCCCUCCUAGAAGACGAAAAGUCAUAGUCGAAGGGAGAAUUGAAACGAGAAGAAAGCAAAAACGAAUACAGAAGGUAAAAUUGCAAAAAUCUUUAGUGAAAAACUUCAAAGACCAUCCGUAUGAUAGUCUCAAGUGCUUAGGGAGUACAAUUGUGCUGGUCUGGGGGUAUUUGUGGUGUGAUUUUCCAAGGUUUCCAUUUGUGAGGACUCCAAAAGAAAGCACACGGACUCAAAUAAAGUGAGACUGUGUGGCAGAGAAUGUUGAGCUGGACGAGUGGCAUCUCGACACUCGUGAAAUGUUUCCUUCUCGACACCUGAUUGCCACAAGUACAGCACUGGGAGCUGUUGCAAUUGCUGAUAUUGUGUCUGGGCGCUACUGUGAAGGUGGACAUCGGUGCUCUGCCCCCAAAGAAUGCUGUGCCCAGGGUUGUUGCUAUCUGUAUGCCCCGCCGAGCCCUCCACGUACGGUUCCUCCGGCGGCGGAUCAUGUUCUGAAUCUUUUCUUCAUCAAUCACUGGUACUUCUGGUGUCUCGUUUUGGCCAUCAUCCUGGCACUACUGUGCGCUUGUUCGCUCUGGAAGAAACGCCGACAGUUGUGCGGAUGGGGCGUCCCAGGGGCAGGUCACAGCACACAUUCGGAAGGUGAUUCUGCAGGCUCGUGCUACGCUCCGCCACAGUAUAGCCGCUGCAGUUCCUUCCAUCAUGCACCGCCGCCAUACACAGAAGUCACAUCUAAGCCUGACCUGUAUCCCCUGGUGUUCUCCUGCAACGGCGACAGUGGCAAGAAUGGCGCCAACUACCUCAUGGUGCAGUACUUUCGCAACUACAUCGUGAGACCUCUGGGCAGUAUCUCCGCCACGAGUACAGUGGAUUCGCUCAGCUCUAGCUUCAUAUGCACCGUCAAUGAGGCAAAUAGUCUCGUACCGCCACCAUAUUCACGUGCCGCGAGUCCCGAUGCCACAACCACAAUCUCCAUCAACAGAUCAUUCCCACGCUCUGCCUCCCAGCACGCCACAUUUGCGGUGGAUCCGCACUACCUCAGGCCCGCUAAUUCUGUACCCGGUGCCAUGAGUUGUGCCGCCUUGCCAGGAACGGGAAGUGUAGCUAGCGAGGACGGAUCUACACCGUGCCUGCGUUUCUCCGAUAGCACCAACUUUCCCUACCUAUCGAGUGGAUCGCAACAAGAACCCUCGCCCGGUACAGUAACGCUCAAUAUUUCGCAGAGUGAACACCACAUCCAGGAAGCUGGUCAAAAUUUAGCAUCGAAUGCCGCUAGUGCGGUCAGCAACAACAUUCUCUGUAGCCCCACAGGACAAACUGCACCUGCUACGGGAUCAGUAGAGAAUUUUCAUCAAAACUAUGAAGAUCUGAAUGCCCUGAGACGAAAUCUUGAGAAAUGUUGCCAUAUUCUGCAGAAGCAGCAUUCACCUGGUGCAGGAAAGUUCCCAUUGACACCAAGAGAGAAAUCCCCAAGUGCACUGGAGACAAGAUCUGAGCACUAUGAGGGUUUGAGGACAUUUGUCAACUCCAACAUGGACUCUGCCGUGUCGAGUCUAACGAACAUCGAGAGUCCGAUGUCACCACCACAAGCCAUUAGCCCGACGGAUGAAGUGCGAGAACUACUGGAGCAGAUAAAACAACUCCAGAGUACAACGAUUGGGAUUGAAGGACACGACGAUGGUGCAAGAGAGGAUCGUCAGGGUGGAUCAUCGCGUAAUUCAGGAAAUGUGGAAAAUGGAGUGACCCCGGAAACGUACACUGUGGUCCCACGACGUAGUCUCUUUGGUAAGUCUACGAAAUCUGCGUAUAUACCCUUCUCGUCCGUGAAGGAAAACCAGCGCAGUCCAACGAAUCAGCGCCCAACAAGCUUCCUCAUACUCAGCAAGGGGUAUCCGUAUACGGGAAAAAGGGGCUGGGUGUCGCGAUCAGCUCCUACGACCCCGGGUGCUUCCCUACCAACGACAAAUCAUCUUACCGAGGAUAGUCCCCUCCUCGAUGAGCACGACGAAGAGGAGCAGAACGUUUAAGGACUCCUUCCCCCGUUUACCCCCCCCCCCCCCCCCGCGGCACCCUUCCGUUCCCAAUCACCUAUCCCGGGCCAAGCCUCAAAUUUUGCUGUUCAACAUUUUUUAAUUAUAUUAUAUUAUAAACUGUAUCAAUGUGACAAUGUAGCCACUUUUCGCCCUACCCCCGCCAUAAUAUCUUUGAAACUCAGUAUCUAAUCUCUCUGGUGAUCCGGGACAUUUUUUAUGUGUAUACCUACUUUUCUCCUCCAGCAGCUCCGUCGGCUCAGUUUCUUCCUCCAAAUUUCCUUUCUUAUAUAACGAAUUUUUCUAUAAACGACACAGUGAAUGGCACAAGAAAGUGGACACUUUUACAUCUUUUGAUUUUAGAAGAUUAAUCAUGAAAGAUAUCCUAAAUUUUUGUAACAAAAAUAACACAAUAUUAUCGAAAUUAAUAGGAUUUGAAACCCUUUAGAUUGCAUUUUGUCAGUUAUUCCAAUAAGAAUUAGUUGAAUUAGUUGCUUGACCUUAAGCGAAGUAAAAUUGUAUAAAAUAGUUACAAAAACUAAUAAUAAUCGCGAAAAGUAUUAGGAAAUUUUUUUAUUACAGUCAGGUAUUAGUUAACGUCGCAUGGGAUAUACUCUUUCCACUCAUUAUUAUUAAUGGGUGAGAAGAGUACAUCCUAUGCGACGUUAACUAAUACCUGACUGUAUCAAUAUUUUAGCUGUGUUUCUUUCAGACACAGCUUUUUAGUUUUUCUAGCUCUUAAAGCUUUAAUUCACUCUUAAUGCUUUACAAAUGCGCCAAAGACCUUUAAUUUUGUAGAAUUGAAUACAAAAUGAAUGAAAUAGUCUAUUCACGGAACAUUAAAUUCGAUUUAUGUAUUUUUUUUAAUAGUAAAAGUUUCUUGCAAAAACAUAAAAAUCUCUUGAAUGUGUCGAUUCUUGUGCCAACCACUGUUUCAUUCAUUUAAAAAAUAAUAAUUCUGUCGUUAAAAUUGUGUAAUAUUUAAAACGCGUAUAUUUCAUUAGUUAACAAAAUAUGUAUUAUAAAAAAAUGAGUAAUGAGACAAAACUGUUAAUGAUAUAUUUAAGGAUUGCAUACUCAAAGUCACAAGAUAUAUUUACGUGCAACUUAGUAAUUAAAUAUAUAAGAACCCUUUUUUCGCUUUAAUCUCUCUCUCCCAAAAUCUCCCCUGAGAGUAACUAAAUCGAAGAGAAAACUAUGAUAUAAACUGAAUGAGAAUAAAAAACUGUAAUAAAGGUGUAACUUGUAAUAAAAUUGCAUUCCGGAAGCACUUCCUUUAGAUAGAGGCUUUACAAUGAAAAUUGUCUCGGAAUUGAAUAAUAAAAAUGUACGAAUUGCAAUAAUA